AUGCCCAUCUUGACACCCACGUCUUCUUCAGAAGCCAGGGGCAACAUCUCCAGAGAUGGUAUCAUCGACCUCUCGGAGGGAGAUGGAAGGGUUAAUGGAGGACAUCGGAGACGAGUGCUGGUACUGGCCCUUCCUGAUUUGGUCAUGGACACAGAGGGUCGUGCAAGUGGUGCCUGCACUCCACCAUCUUCUAUCCCCUCUGCACAGUCUUCCUUUGGUGACUUAAACUCCAUAAACAGUUUUAGUGGAGUUGGUGGCAGGUAUGGAGUGAGACCACGUCCAGCAUGGCAUAAACCCAGAGCUUUAUCUUGUGAUGUGACUAUGGAGGUUGAAGUUGGUCAGGAGCUCCGGAGAAUUGCUGACACCUUUGGUUCUCAGGUUGCUGAUGGGGAACAGGUGUCUGUGUGGAGGCGUUUGCGUAAUAGCUUAAGGAGGUAAUGUAUAUACAUUUAGAAAAAGCUAAAUGGGUUCAAUCUAAAUGUAAUUACAGUACACUGUAUAUAGUAUGUUAAGGUAUCUGGCUUACAGUUUUAAUGUGAGCUACUGAAAAUAUAUAUCAGUGCCUUUAUGCCAGUGCUUAUAUUCAAGCCUUACUCCUUUUAUUAUGCAUCUUCAAGUUUGUAGGUUAGUGCUUAAAUUCUAUAUUUUACUUAAGUAAUUCCAUUAAGUGAAAUCUUAUGACAGCUUGUUUGUUUGCUUUCAUUGAAGCAUCUUUAGUCAUUGCAUUUUUCAAUUAUAGUGAUCAGGUACUGUAGUAAUAGAUUUGUUACAGUACAUAGUAUAAAAUAGUUAGGGUUAGCAAAUCAGGGUGGUGAUGAAUCAAGAUCAACAAAGAGCAGACCUGAGGGAGUGAGGUUUAGUAAGUAAGUAAGUAAGUCAUGUUUGACUUCACUAAAAUAAGUUUGCUUUAUAUGCUCAACUGCAGGCAUUUCACACCCUUGAGGUAUGAAGUGGCAUUUUUGUCAGUGUUUUGUUAUGGUAACAGAUAUUAGUCUUAUUUAAAACUAAGGUUGUAAUGCUAAAGCUUCCUCAAUAUGUCAAACCAUGCUCAAGUUAUGAGGAUAGAAGGUUGCAGACAAAGAAUUUACUUAUCUCCAUAUAAUUCUAAAACAACAAGCUUUAAUAAAUGAUACAUUGCAGGAAGACAAAUUUCCAGUUUGAAUAUUUGAUUGUCUUAUUUGUUUCGAAAAAUAUAUUUUCAUUACAGUACUGUAGUUCAGUAUAUUUUAUCCAGACUGAUUGUAAAUGAAUUCUCAAUAUUUUUCUCUUGUGUACAGCAUAAUGUUUGCUAUUUUCAAUAUGUUCAUUUCAUAUGGCUUAAGUGAACUCACAUUCAAGGAAAGUGUAUGCAUUCUCAAGAUAUUGAUGUGAGAGGUUACUUUGCAAGUCAGGUAUCAUUUUUAAGAUUGUGCUCCACUGAAGCUAUAUGGCUUAAGUUUUGUCAUUCUCUGAAGUAAUACAAUAAUGAGAUAUGGAGUAUGACAGGGCCUCUUAACUUAUUACUGCCUCUAUGUAACAAACAUUCACAUUUACAAAUGGAGCACUUUUGAAGCAGUUAAUUUUUUAGUUAGUCUACAGAGGUGUGUGAAACACAACUAUCCUUUAUGCUACAGUAUUGUUUUAUGUAGGGAAAAAGGUUCCUCAUUACAAAUGACACUUUUUGAAAGUUGAAACAUUAGGAA